AUGAAUAGUAAUAGGGAAUUAUAGCCUUAAUCUGCUUUUAGCUGGCAUUGGUUUUAAGUUCUUAUAAAUUUUAGAUUUGGCUUAGCAGCUACUGCUGUUAAAUAUAUUCACGAUUAAACUCAUUCUCAUAGUAGGACGCUGGGUAUAUUCCUUAAAACACUGGAAGGAAAAGCAUGCCCCAAUCGAAAAUCAAAUCCAGAAUCUAUAUUUGCAAAGCAAGGAGUUGUCAUUAAUCGUAUUGUUCGAGACCGAAAGCCAGAAAGUAAAAUAUUGCCUAGAGUGGAAAGAGAAAUCGCUGAAUCAAAUAAUAUCAGAAAGCAAAAUCUUCUUUCAAGUUUUCGAGAUUUUGAGUAA